AUGGAGUGUACCUCGUAUUCGUUGGCCGGCUCGCUCGGUCCAUUGCAAAUGCAGAAUUUGAACGCCGAUGAGGAGGAGUUCGACGAGGAGGAGGAUGAAGAGUUUCCGGACGAUUCUGACGCUGGUUUGUCGCGGAGAAAGGGAAAAUCGAAAAAGCGACAGGAAAAGCCGCCAUAUUCGUACAUUGCGCUCAUUGCGAUGGCUAUUUCGAAGCGUCCCGACAAAAAAGCGACGUUGGCCGAAAUCUACAGCUAUUUGCAAGAGAACUUUGAGUUUUUUCGCGGCGAAUACGCCGGUUGGCGCAAUUCGAUUCGGCACAAUUUGAGUCUGAACGAAUGUUUCGUGAAAUUGCCAAAAGAUACCGGCGAGAGUUACAGAGGCCGAAAAGGCCACAAAUGGACCAUCUCGGAGUCGUGCGAGUUUCUGCUCGAGGAGAAUGGCUUCCGGAGGCGACCGCGCGGGUAUAAAGCGAGAAAACGUCCAGGAUUCAAUCAGUUCGAUUACGUUAAUGAUUAUGCGACACAGGAGAAGCAGCAACACGACGCCGCCGAAACCACUUCGACAAUUAAUUCGAACGCGUCGAACUCGUCAAACGUCUCCAGCUCGCUGCCGUCAAUUCAAGGCGCGUUGCCAUACACGAGCCAGCCGAGCUAUCUGACCUACGCGACCGACAUUCCGGUACAGUGGAGCCCGCAACACUAUGAUUCGCCGUCAUGGUACUAUCAAGGACAAGUCGGAUUGUGUCACGAGUUCGCGAUGAGCUCACCGAGCAUCACACCACUAAUGACGCCGCAAGUCUCACCAUAUUUCUACCCGCCGCUCGGAUUUGAUGAAUGGCGGCCGACGACGACGAACCAUAAUAAUAAUAAUAACAACGGACAAUUCUUGAUGGCGGGUCCCACCGCGAACGACGAUGCUCAGAUUGAUGUCCAAUUCGAUUGUAAACCUUUAUUAUAA